UACGAUUGUUGUUGAAUAAAUAAUUUAUAAUACUUUAUGAUCAUAUUUGAUUUGUUUAUUGUAUGAACUAUAAGCUGUGUUGUCUUUAAAGUGAUUAUCUAACUUGACCAUUAUCAAGCAAAUGUUUGUCAUACUGAGUUUUGUAACCGGAAGCGUAAAAUUUACACAAAUACGCAUGCGUAUUCUUAUUAAAUCAAAAUGUCAUAAAAAAUAAGUAAUAAUUGUAUAAUUUAUCAGAAAGUAAAUUCUUAUUUGGAAUACGAUUAAAUUGAACUUACAAAAUUUGUGCUUAUCUUUUUACUUGAAACAAUAUCAUUAUGAUAAUAAUUACUUUUCGUACUAGUGAAUUUUAGUGCUGCCAUAUUGCCCGCCCGGAUAUCGAUUGUCAUUAUUUAUAUAUAUCGUACGUUUCCUCUUCAGUCAUUGAUUCACUUUUUACAUUUUUACAGUAAUGAGAGAGAUACGUUAACUUAGUGUUACGAUAAUAUAAGAAGACGUGGCGGGGUGGUAUAAAUGUGAGGAGGUAUUGGUAAAAUACAUAAGCGACAACGAAGACAACGACGACGACGACGACGACGACGACCAAGUACCGGUGGGAUUUGAGUGGGAGUGUAAGGGAGAAAUGACGGAUAGUCAGCAGCAGUUUUGCUUGCGGUGGAACAACUUUCAGGCAAAUAUAACAAGUCAAUUUGAAGCAUUACGCGAUGAUGAGGACUUUGUGGACGUCACCUUUGCCUGUGAUGGGAGGAGGCUCCAGGCUCACAAGGUCGUUCUUUCGGCUUGCAGUCCGUACUUCAAGGAGUUGUUCAAGACAAAUCCUUGCAAACAUCCGAUAAUUUUUAUGAGGGAUGUAGAAUUCGAACAUCUACAAUCUUUGUUGGAAUUUAUGUAUGCUGGUGAGGUGAAUAUUUCUCAAGCAGAAUUACCGACUUUUCUACGCACUGCUGAGUCGCUUCAAAUUCGCGGACUUACAGACUCACAAAAUCAACAAAACAACGAAAAGCACUCUAAAACUAACAAUAUUCAUCCUUCAAAUGGCCGUGGGUUAAUUUCACCUAACUUUGAUGAGGAUCGCAGCAGAACUCCACCAGCAUCGAGUCCACCACCUCUUAAAAGGCUGUGUAAAAAAAGUGAUUCACCGAAAAACUCUAGUCCAUUACCCGCAGUUGCGCCUUGUACCACUUCCACUCCUCGUACUCGCCCCGUAAUUGAGCCACAAGUUCAGCUCGAUUGUUACAAAGAUCUCGAUAUUGUUGAGCCUAAGGUAGAACUACCUGAGUAUGGUAGCGAUGAAGAUUACUCACCAAAGCAAGAAGUUAAUGCGGUACCUGGAGGAUUUAUCAGUUUGGACGGGGGCAUGGAAGUUUUGCCAACUUACCCAUCGCCUUAUCAAGGGAGUGGACUGGAAGGAGGGAUACCAGGCCCAUCACACGGGAAUGCUGAACCAAAUCAAGAGCAAGCUGACCUGCGUAAACUGCACUCGCUGGACCCACGCCCUUGUCUUGUGUGCAACCGCAUGUACAGUAACUUGUCCAACCUGCGGCAGCACAUGCGCCUCAUCCACAACCCUCAGAGUGUCACAUGCCCCAUAUGUAGCAAGUCCUUCAAGACCAAGCUAUAUCUCAAGCGUCAUCUGGUCAGCUUCCAUGACAUCAAUCCUAUCGACCGUCGGCUUCAAGAGGAAAUUUAUCAACAUCAGGUUAAAAUUCCAAAACAGGAACAAACUGUGCCUCCACUACAUCAACAACAACAACAGCAACAACAACAACAACAACAACAACAACAACAACAACAACAACAACAACAACAACAACAACAACAACAACAACAACAACAACAACCGCAACAACAACAACAACAACAACAGUCCCAACAACAACAACAAUCGCAUCUUCAAAUUCAAAAUGGCAUCGAAACAUCGAUGUCUUCGCAAUCUGCUCAACAAAAUCAAAAUCAGAUUGAGGGCAAUCAAAUCCCGCCAACGGCGUCGUUACAACACCAUCUUGGUAGUCCCGAAGAAGUUGUAACUGAUGAAGGUAGCAGUGAGGAGAAGCUUCGAGCUUUUCAUGCUCAUGUUGGUGAUAGCGCGUAUCCUGUUGAGGUAGCUCAAAUCGGUGACUCAAAAAGUUUCGCUGGUGGUAUGCUUCAAUUUAAUGCGUCGUACUAAUUGUUUACGUUGUCUUAAUCAUUAUUAUUUAUUCUUAGUAUUUUAUUUUAAAAUGCGAAUAGGGUUAGUGCUCUUCGAUUGCAUUUAUCCUAUUAAUUUUCAAUAAUUUUAUUUUGAAUUUUUUUUUAUAAAUUGCCAAGCAUAUAAUUUGUGAUAUGAUUAAAAAAGAGAGAAUGAUUAUUUUUUAGUGAACUUGUGAUUAAAUAGUAAACGUAUCUUUAUUACUUGAUUAAUGAUUUUAGUAGUAUUAACUAAAAAUAAGGCUGAUACUGUGUAUUAAUUACGGUCGGGAACCGAAAAGACACGGAUAAACGUACAAUUCGAAAUUUUUCCUCUACGAGUGAAGACAUAAUAAUUUAGUAUAACUGUUACGUAAAUAAUUUUUUACGAACUUGAAACUUCAAUUUAAAUGUAGGUUGUACAUACAAUUUUUCGGAAAAAACAUAUUGAUUGUACGUGACACUCGUGUCAAGUUUUAAAACAAAAAGAAAAAAGACAAAAAAAAAAAUAAAAUGAAAUAAAAAAAUGAAUAAACGAAAAAAAAAAAAAAAGAGGAGAGAAGUGACUAAAUAAUGCCGUAGGUGGAGCAGCCAUCCCACCUCGUACUGAUAAUUUUUCCGCAGCCAGUUAUAAUAGUAAUAAUAAUAAUAAAAAGAAAAAAUCAUAAACAAAUGGUAAUAGUGCAGAAAAAAGCCUUGUUAAUUCCUUUGAUGCUAUACAGUGUUACACAGACUACAGAUAUUUACAACAAUAUUAUAUUCUUACAGAGAAUUAUAUUUACUUUAUAAUAAUUGCAUUUUGAUGUGUAUUGGAAGAAAAUUUUAAAAUAGAAUCAUGACAGACAGAAAAAAACAAAAAAAUAAAAAAAAACGAAUAAUCAUAAAAUAUGUUUUCACCAUGCACAUUGAUUGCAAUAUACAGCCAAUCGACAGCUCAACAGAGUAAUAAUAUUUAUUAUUAAACAGUUAUCAACUACAAACCGUGAUUGCAAACAUUGCAGCAGAUUUAAUUAAACAGUAUAUUAUAAGGGAGCUUUUGGGUCUGUGUCAAUUUUUUCCAUUAAUAAUUAAAAUCAAUACCUAUAUUGUUUUUACUUCAUAUAUAUAAUAUAAUCUUUAUAGUAAUUAUUUAUAUUUGUUAACAAUAUUCUUUAUUCCAUAUGUACAAUAAUAAUAGUAAACAUACAAUAAGCCGUGAUAAUUUGUUGAAUUAAAGUUGGCAUUAAAAUUGGAUUUUAUUGUCACAGACUCGCUCCAUGCAACUCCAUAGCCAUAGUACCAUACAGUACAACUCAGGACUUUUUAUAUUAUAUUUUACAGAUGACAAUAGUUCCAUAAGUACGAUCUAUUAAAAGAUGUUAAAUGUUAUCGAGUUUGAUUAUUAUUUUUUUUUUUAUAAAAUAUAUCAUUAACACGAUAAUAUUUAUUGAAAUCUUGAGAUCGCACUGAUCACAUUGACAGGCUCCUUUACCUCACAUACAAUCAAAUAAAAAACAGAUUACAACUAUAUAUUAUUAUAUAUUAAAAUAAGUAAUACGUUUUACAAUAGUAUCGGAUAAAAAUAAGUUUUGCAAUGUCUGCAAAACUUUCAUUUUUUUAAAUCACACUUUCUUUAGUUAAAAAUAUAUAUAAAAAAUUAAAUUUUUUAUCAACUUAACAAAUGCCUAUAAUACCAAUACUACGAUACAAAACAAUCUUUAUUAUCUGUUAUUAUAUUGGUAAGCAAAUUAUUACAAGAAAACAUUUUUUUGCAUAUUUUUUGUUACAAUAAAGAAUAAGAAAAGAAACUACAGAUAUAAAUGCAAUAGAUAAUUUGGUUACAAUAUUGAAAACGGGAUGCCCAGCAACAUUAAAUGACAAGUAGUUUACCGAAAUAAGAUUAGAUUAUAAAUGUUGCAUAUCAUAUUAUAAUAUUGUUAUAGAUUUUUGCCAAGCAGUGUUUAGAAGCACCCAAUCUCGAGUUGUUUGGAUCGUACCCAUAUUGCAAUAAUACAAUUAUUAAAGUCAAUAGAUUAAAGAAGGAUAAUAAAUGACUGAAUGGCCUAUGUAAUUUUUUAAUUGAGCCAUAAUCGCUGGCCGAGCCACCGAUAAUUGUGAUCAAUAUUUUUUCACAGAUAUGCAUCGAUAAUUUACAGAUUAUAUAAUUAAUAAUUAUAAGCAGAGUUUAUAAAUAAAAACUUUACGUUGACGCGUACAAGUUAACCAUUCGAUCCGACACUCGAGAUCCAUUUACAUACAAUUAACUAAUAUCAAGAAAUGAUACGUUGGACAAUGUCGCUUAGAAUGAAUAGCAAAACGAUCAUUUCAUUGAGACAGGUUGAACUUCGCUGGGCAUUAAACACAAACCGGUUACCUAGUUAUAUCAUUAAUUCACAGUCCAUUUUUGUCGUAUUUUUACGAUAUUUAAUUGUUUAUCUUCAUAACAAUUAAAUUAAGAACAAGUUGAAAAAAAUAAUUAAAUAAUUUAAAUAUCAGAGCACAAACAUUUGAAAAAAAAAAUAAUAAAUAAAUAAUAGAAAAGGCAAAAUAAUCUAGCCAAUUACGUGCAGCAAGUUGUAUAAAUUUUUUUUUUAACUUUGAUAUUUAGUUCUUGAAUAUACGAGUUAUUUUUGGGAAUUAGUCACGGAACUGACAAAAAAGUUCAAUGAGAUCCCUUUCGUGUACUUGAGAGUGAAUAUAUAUUUUUUUAUUUUAACCGAUUAUUUUUUUUUUACAAUUAAAUUUUUUAUUUUGAAAAAAUUUAUUAUUUAUGUUUUCAUAAUCUUAAAUAUUUUUAUUAAGCCCGACUACGAGUUUAUUUAAAAAAAAAAAAAAUUUACUUUGAAAUGAGCAAAAAAUUUCCUCAUGUUUUUGAGAUUGAAAAUCAUUAAGUUAAAAACAAAAUUUUUAUUUUAAUUUAAAUAUUUUUCGCUUGAUAAGUUAAAAUAAUUGAACGAUAUAUAUCGUAUGAAUUAAUAUUUUUUAAUUAUGUGAUGUAUAUAUGUAAAUUAUGCAUUUGUAUUCACGUUAGAUAUUAUUCUUGUAUUCAUGUGCUACGUUUAACGAUUAUUUAUAGAUAAGCUUAGAACAAAAACAAUCUUUUUCUAAGAGCACUUUGUCUGUAUCUUCUUGUAAAUUUAUCUGGACACUGUCAAGUAUUUUUUUUUUAAUUGUUUGCGGAUGAAGGUAAUACUGAACUAAUAAUAUUUCCAAUUAUAUUAUAUACACAUAAAUAAAUACAUAAAAUAUAUUUAUUUAUAUGUACAUGUGAGUGUAAUUUGGUAUCUAGUCAUUCUAAGCAAAUGCUUAUGUAAACAAAAUCAGUAUUUAUUUGUAUUUUUCGCUUUUUUUAUAGUAUUUAUAGAAAAUAUGUUAUUACAUUGUACUAUGUCCGGAUAAAAUUCGAAUGUGGUAUUAAUUUUUUUUUUUUUAAUAUAGCUUAGUAAGAUAUUGAAGUACAAUUUAUGUCUUAUUGAUUAAUUUUUAUAAAUAUAACUUAAUUUGCAAUCAAGCACAUUUAUUCUAGAUUUAAGAUCAACUUUAGUAUUCUAUCGUUGUAACAGAGAGAAAAAAAAACAUUUUGAUUUUGAUCUGUAAAUAAUAUUUGGGAUAAAAGAUUCACGAUAAAUACAUUUAAUUAAUUAUCGGAACAACAACAAAAAAAUUACAAGAAAAAAAAAAAAAAAAAAAAAAAAAUAAUAAAAAUUAAGAAAAAAAAAACUUUAACCAAAUUUUUUUUUUUUCAACUCCAAAUAAUAAAUAUAUAAAUUUUCAAAAGAAUGUAGUGAAAAAAAAAAUGUAUUAUUAAUGAAAUAUCUAAAUAUAAUUAAUGUUUAAGUGAUAUUGAUAAAAAAAAAAUUGUGAAAUCAAGUAUAGAAUUUUCGAUUAAAGCUGUCUAACUAUUUUAGAAAAGUUAAUUUUAAAUAAUCUGAAUGACUGAAUUUUGUAAAUGAAAGUUGAGAUUAUUGUCACAUGAUAUUGUAUACGUUUUUGUAACGUAAGCGCAAAUGAAUCAAUCGAAAACGUACUUGGCAUUAUUUCUGACCAGAUAAUUGAUCAGUUGAACCAGUCAUUUCGGUCGACGAGAUAAAACCAAAUGAGUAAAUACGAUACUUGAUUUUCGGCAAGAAUAAAAGACUGUAGAUUUUAGAAAUUUAUAUUUGGAUUAAGAUAAAAAUUAUGAUUCGGCAUUUAGCGGUGCAAAAAGUUUAUUCGUUUACUAAAAGAAAAAGAUGAAAAGAAAGUUCAAAAUUUAUAUGUGAUAUUACUUGUGCCACGAAUAAGCUUGGUUGAAAUUGAAAAAAAAAAUUUAUUAACUUCUGAUGAUAAAAUUUUUUCGUAAUAUGGUGAAAAAUUUUUUUGGUUUAACGUCGAAUUAUCUGAACAGAAUGAGCUUACAUCAAAACAUAAACUUAUUGAAGAUGAAUAUUCAAAAAUAAUCAUAAAAAAAACAGUGCAAUAAACUUUUUUUAUGCACUUGAUUGAAUUUAAUAUCUCUCAAGAUGUCGUAAAUAUUUAAUAAUUCUUCGCAAAUUGAAAACAAUUAUGAUUAUAUAUGUAUUUUAUACUUUUGAAAGUGAUAAUCUUAUAAGUAUGUAGUAAUUAGUAACAUUUAUCUAUAUUAAGUACAAUAAUUGUAUCGAUUUGUAUACUUAUUCCAUAUCUAUUUUUUCACAGCUAUUUUAUUAUUAUUUUUCUACGUGCAAUUGAUUUUAUAUUCUCUAGUAAUUGUUUUAUUCCUUUAUUUCGAAUUUAAUUCUUUUUAAAUGAGAAUUCGAAUAUGAUGUAUUAUUUUAUCAAUUUGAUUUCAGGACUUUAAAAUAUUUUUUAAAUACAUUUUUUUUUUUUCAAUAAUGAAAUAUUUCAAAUUACUAGAGAAUGUAUAUAAUUUUUAAUUGUCAAUUUUACUAUUAUAUAUUAUCGGCGAUAUUAAUAUUAUUGAUAAUCAUUUAAAUCCUUUAACGAAAAAAAAAAAAACAAAAAAACAAAAAAAAAAUUAAUAAAUAAUUUUAAAAAAAUAUAAUAACCAACCGAAA